AUGUCAAAAGGCGUAAACGAAGAAAUUUCCAAACUAGAAAUGGCUUCCGUAGAGAUUUUGAAUGGCAUGAAGAGUAUCCAAGGCAUGACCGCUCUUCUCGAACUUAUUCUACAGCAACAAUCGAAGAAAAUUAGGAAUAUUGAAGAUCAAGUUGCUAAUACACUACGUGAGGUAGAGGCUAGCAAUAGAUCCCUUAAAGUAGCUAAGCAUCAUCAAUUAUAA